AUGCCUAAGCCUGUUCAGAUCACUUUUGAGGGUGUAGAGGCAUGGGAGGACAAUCAUGAGGAGGUUAACAAGCUACUUGAGGAAUUAACUGGAUACCACGAUUACCCCUCAACCAGGUCAUUGCCUCCAAUUAUUUUUGGCGCUAGCCUCGAUGAAUACGGUAUUGAACGAUUGAAAAGCAUUGAGGGAGUAGUUGUCCAUGUGUCUGAGGAUGAUGAUUAA